CAAGGAAAGACCCACUUUAGAGGGAUUAAAUCAGAUAUGAUACACUUUCCAUGACGUUCAAAGCGUCAUUGAAAAAAUUUAGGAUCCCAGAAAUACUUAUAGUGGCAGAACUUUCUGAUUACUAGAUCCUGUCGUUUGUUGGAAAAUCCGGUGAUUUGACUCCCCGUGAAACUUCACUGACUUGAGAGAACUUUUCAGCAGCGUUUGGUGUUGCAUAUUGAUAUGCCUGAGGACAUGGCUCUCACUGCUGCAGUGGCUUUCUGCUCCUGUUUAGCUCCAGUUUGGGCUACCACAAUGGAUGAUGUUCAUGAUUAUGACAGCCCAUUUCAUUACGAUUACGAGUCUCUUCGGAUUGGUGGUCUUAUCUUUGCUGUGGCACUCUUUCUCAUGGGAAUCUUCCUCGUUCUCAGCCGAAAAUGUAGGUGCAGUGGGCGUCAGCAGCAAAAGCCUGUGGGAAUGAAUACAGAAGCUGCUGGAGUUAUAGUUGAAAAAUAAUGCGAAUUGAAGCAAGUGAAGAGAGUCUAUGUGACAGUGUGUAGUGCCACCAGAUGGAGGAGAUAUCCACUUACAGAAAGCUUGGACUUCUUUGAGUAGCAGCAGUAGCAGCAGGAGUGGUUGGACUUCAGAAGAUUUUGCCUCUCUCAUAUUUCUCAUUGUCGUUGAUUCUUAU